GUUCCCCCACUACACAAACAAAUGCUAUAGCAUAAACCUUUCUGCAAAAGUCCCACAAAGUAGACAUAUUGGUGCUGUUUAAUGGAUCUGUAAGGGAAAUAACUUUUUUAGUUGCUGCAGAAGAAAUAGCGACCUCAGAUCACAAAAGAGUGACUAAGAAUUCGGUGUUGUGAGAUUGUCCAUACCUGCUUCAUCGCCAUGUGGAAAUACUGGUGCCUGGUGGUGUUGACUGCGGUAGUUGUGAAUGCCCAGUUUCCAAGGGUGUGCGUGACACCAGAGGGACUCCGCAGCGGACAGUGCUGUCCAUCGCCAACUGCGGUGAACGACCCUUGCGGUACGAGUUCGGGACGGGGACAGUGCGUAUCGAUAAAUGCGGAUGCGCGACCACACGGACCACAGUACCCUCACGACGGGCGGGAUGACAGAGAACGAUGGCCCAUUCGCUACUUUAACCGGACGUGCCAGUGCAAUGGGAAUUUCUCUGGCUUCGACUGCGGCCGGUGCAAACAUGGGCUUACAGGUCCCAACUGUGAUCAGCCGGUGUCCGUAGUGAGAAGAAACGUGAUGAUGUUCAAUGCUGAUGAGAAGCGCGCUUUCUUGAAUGCUCUGGACCUGGCUAAACGCACAGUACACCCGGACAUAGUGAUAGCCACCCGCAGAUUCGCUGAGGUGUUUGGACCGGAUGGGAACACUAUGCAGUUCGAGAACAUCACUAUCUACAACUAUUUCGUGUGGUCCCACUACUACUCCGUCAGUAAAACGUUCCUGGGACCGGGCCAGCUGAGUUUCGGUGGAGUUGACUUCUCGCACGAGGGACCUGGAUUCGUGACUUGGCACCGCUUCCACCUGCUUCAGCUCGAGCGGGACAUGCAGGAUAUGCUGCAAGAUCCGAGCUUCGCCCUGCCCUACUGGAACUUCGCGAUUGGUGGGAACAGGUGCGACAUCUGCACGGAUGACCUGAUGGGGGCGCGAAGCUCCUUCGACUUGAACGGCAUCAGCCCCAACUCCAUAUUCUCCCAGUGGAGAGUCAUUUGCGAGAGUGUGGAGGACUACGACACACUAGGCACCAUCUGCAACAACACAGAGACGAGCCCCAUCCGGAGGAACCCGGCGGGGAACGUGGCGCGGCCCAUGGUGCAGCGGCUACCGGAGCCCAAAGAUGUGGCCGACUGUCUGGAGGUGAACAUGUUCGACACGCCACCGUUCUAUUCCACCUCCACUGAGAGCUUCCGCAACUCCAUCGAGGGCUACAGCCACCCGCAGGGUACAUAUGACCCCGUGGUGCGAAGCCUGCAUAACCUGGCUCACCUCUUCCUGAACGGCACCGGGGGUCAGACGCACCUCUCGCCCAACGACCCCAUCUUCGUCCUCCUGCACACCUUCACCGACGCCAUCUUCGACGAGUGGCUUCGGCGGCACCCUGAGUCUGCUGUUUAUCCCUUGGAGAAUGCCCCCAUUGGUCACAACAGAGAGUACAACAUGGUGCCGUUCUGGCCCCCGGUAACUAACGUGGAGAUGUUUGUGACGGCCCCUGAGAACCUUGGAUAUUCCUAUGAGGCUGACUGGCCUGCUCGCCCUAUCACUCUGACUGAGAUCAUCUCCAUCACCGUGGUUUCUGCCCUCAUUGUCGUGGCGGUCAUCUUUUCCAUCACAACCUGCGCCGUGCGUUCCAAAGCCAAUAGGAUGGAGGGCAGGCAGCCAUUGUUAGGAGAACAGUACCAGCGCUACGAUGACCAUGACAGACACGCAGUCAAAACACAAUCAGUCGUAUAAGGGUUAAAAAUAAAUUAACCAACCACUUUUUUAUUGUUCUGUUUUAAAAAUGCAAGUUGGAAACAAACUCAUAAUUGAAUGAGUUUUGGAUAAUAUUUGUUGCUGAUGUACUCAUGUGAGGCUUUUUUUCCUAGGUGUAAGAUAAUUACUAGUAGGUAUUUAAAAUGUAGGUGCUAACAAUUAAUUACAUACACAUGCUUGUAUGAUGUACAUUUGUAAACAUAAUAUUUGUUUUUCCGUAAUCUUGUGAGCAGAUCACUAAUUCUAACUUAAGUUGUUGAAAACAAU